AUGGAUGUUGACUCAGAACCACUCAGUUCACAAGACAACGUCGACGAUUCCAUGAUGACUAGUGUGAAAGAAAAUGUUAACUGCACUUGUGAUUGCGGUGGCAGCAGUAGUAAGUGUGUGUCUGUGACGGCCGAUGAUAUUAUAAACCAGACCUUUGAAACAUCAGAUGCAGCUUAUAACUUAGUUCGCAAGGGUGAUACAGCACGUGGAAAAGAUGGAACACAGCGCAGAAGGAGGUUUUUUUGUAGCAAGGAAGGAAAAAGAGCCGAGAAAUACAUAUCUAGUUUGAGUAGGAAGCGGGAGCAUAGAGCGCUGACUCGCACUGGUUGUGAAGCCAUGCUUGCGGUGUAUCUUGACACUAAAACUUCGACUUGGAGGGUUAAAAAAUUAGUCGAGAAACACAACCACGAUCUUGUCCCACAAUGCUUGGUACACUUAAUUCCAAACCACCGAGGGUUGACUGAGCCACAAAAAGCUCAGGCGAAUACCAUGCAUGAUCAUGGUCUUCCAACCUCUAAAAUAAUGGGACUAAUAGUAGGCCAAGCCGGUGGUUAUGCCAAUGUCGGGUUCACAAAGAAGGACCUAGAUAAUCACUUUCAAAGAGCUCGUCGUGCAAUGCUCAUUGGUGGGGAUUCCAAUGCGACGAUUAGCUAUCUACUUGGGAAAGCAGAUGUCGAUCCGAUGGCCAUGACAAGGUACAGUGCUACUGAUGAAGGUCGGCUGGCAAAUUUAUUUUGGGCAGAUGGCAUUUGUAGGUCCGAUUAUCAGUGCUUUGGAGAUGUGCUUGCAUUCGAUACAACCUACCGGAAGAAUAAGUACAGAAGGCCCUUGGUAAUCUUCUCAGGUUAUAACCAUCACCGCCAAACAUGUAUAUUUGGUUUUGCCUUGGUAGAGGACGAACGGACUACAAACAUAUACGUGGUUGUUGCAAAAAUUUCUAGAAGUCAUGCUGAACAAGUCUCCUAG